GCAGAAGCGAUAGAGCCUUAUUGUUGCCAGCUUACCAAAGUUCUCACCUCUUAUUGAUUCGUCGAAGCAGUCAUCUAUUCAAGCAACAAGUCCGAGGUCAUACGUCCAGGAGUGCGGUCCAACUUCCCCUGUUGGACACUCAAUGCCAUCGGUGGAGGAGCUGGAAAGGCGGAUGCACGAAGGUAACAGAGAACUGCAUCCUACGCUAAUAGUGCCGGACUAUGGUACGACUCACAAAUGCAGAUCCAACGCAUGGGAAAGUGGCCCGAUGAAGCUCCUGUCCUUCUCCAGCUCUUAUGGUGGAACUACGGCUCGGGAUCCGCAAGCAGAAACUAGGAUCAUCGCUGCGUACAACUGUCUCAUCCACGCGCUGAAGAGUAUCUACAACCAAGCACCUCACACUCCAACCACCGAGUACAAGAAUUUCAUAUGGCACAGUCUGGCGACGUAUCAGUGUUCGGUCGCUCAGCUGGGUACGUUGGCAUCCGAAGGAGAGCGUAUAGAAUAGAAACCGG